UAAGGAUACCUUGGAAAGAAAUGGCUCUUUCAGUUCCUUUGUGGGCAUUGGCAAUUGGAUUUUUCGGUCAGUUCUGGUUACUAGGAUUCUUUUCUACAGUGCACGCUCUGUACAUGGGAACCGUGCUGCAGUUACCCAUAGCUAAGAAUGGUGUUUUAUCCUGUCUACCUCAUCUCCUGAGAGCUUUUGCCACUUGUAUUGCCAGUUAUCCCGUUGAUAUUUUACUAAAAAAAGAACUGGUCAGCGUUGGAUUCGUCCGAAAAGGAGCUACAAUAAUAAAUACAGUUGUAUCUUGUGGAGCUUUCUUGGGCAUCACUAUCGUCGGGCGCAACGUCACAGCAACUACCCUUCUGUUUAUUCUAGGUGGAGUUCUUGGAGAAUUCGUUACUUUCGGGGUUUGCAUGGCCUGCAUAGAUAUAGCACCUUCACUUUCAGGUACCGUCAGCGGGAUCAUUAAUAUUGUUGGGGUAUUUCCUUUCUUUAUGAUACCAGCAUUAGUCGGAUAUAUGACAAAUUAUGAGAAUUCCAACGAACAGUGGAAAAAAGUUUUCUACAUGACGAUAUCUAUCGUUUCUGUGUCAACUUUGCUUUUUGUUAUUUUUGGUGACCUGAAGCCACAGUCAUGGGGUAUAGCUCCACAGUCCGAAAAUAAACGCAAGAAGAAAGAGGAUGUUGCCGAAUCCGAUGACCUGACAGAAUCGAAGCAUUUCCUUCACUCGAUAUAAAUGUUACAUUUUACAUAUUUUUUCCGUUUGUUUUAGACUUUGGCCAGAGCCUCUAUUUUAACUAUUUGAUUAUUCUAAACAUAGUUGUUGUUGACACAUUUAUGUAUAUAUUUCGAAGGAUUUUCUAUAUUUAUUUUUUAAAUAAAUUCUGAAUAGAUUUUUUACAUCGGAA